GAUGAUCAAAAAGACUGGUGGCAGAGGACUGGGCCUUUACUGGCCAGUCUGAUGACUUCGGCGGGCUACACCAACGAAUCCCAACGCCAGCAUCUGAUGUUCUUUUACACAUCUGUCGUCCCGUAUCUAGGGCCAUACCCUCAGAAGUUCCCCAGCGCGAUGACCCACAAUGAACUUCCCCUGGAACUCAGCAUCAACUUUCAACAGUCAGGUGGUACCAAACCAGUUAUUCGAGUUGCGGUGGAACCUGUCACCUCCAUCUCUGGAACGACGGAGGAUCCAUAUAAUUUGAGCCCUAUCCGUGACAUACUUUCUCAUUUGGAGAAGCUCAAUAUCAAAGGAUAUGAUCAUCGUUUGUUCGAGCACUUUUAUCCCAAGCAUACCUUGGAUAGAAGCGAAUGUCAAAAGCUCCAGCAGAAGAAUGAGCCAAUUCGUGAACUUUCCCAGGUGGCUUUUGGUUUCGAUCUCAAACCCGAUACCAUCUCUGUUAAGGGAUACACUUUCCCAGGCUUGAAGUGCCAUGUGGCAGGCAAAGACAUGUGCUCUGUUGUCAUGGACUCCAUCCGAGAAUAUCUUGGAGAUGCCGACCGCUACAAUACAAUUGGCCUGAUAAAAGAUUACAUCGAAACGACUGAGGCGAGAACCAACUUCGGGUUCGUCUACUCGCACGAUUGCACGACUCCCGAAAAGUCCCGCCACAAGGUAUACGGCCGUACCAAAGAUAUGUCUUGGAACCAGGUUCAGGAGAUUUGGACUUUGGGCGGGCGAAUUGAUUCACCCGAGUCAAACAAGGGUCUUGAUUACCUUCAACGAUUGUGGGAACUAUUGCAGAUUGGCCAUGGUCCCCAUCCCCUUGACCUUCAUUUGGUGUGGAACUAUGAAACGAAGGCCGGUAUCACGGCCCCAGGUACCAAGAUUUACUUCCCUGUUUAUGGUCUCAAUGACCAGAAAAACGUGCAUACCAUUUCCCAAUAUCUCAAGGAAAUCGGACUUGAUAUUCACGGGGAUGCAUAUGAGCGAGCUGUACGAGACUUGUUCCCCGGGUUUGAUAUACGACAAACGGAUCGCCUAAUUUGCUGGAUAUCAUUCGCCUAUACAGAGAAGACGGGGGUGUAUCUAAGUGUUUACUAUCACUCUUCACUGGAGUACUCUGGGCUUGAGAAACAGCCCUGA